UCAGUCAGAGGCUGACACCGGCAGCGGGGCGGAACAGGAAAAAAAAAAUACUUUGACCUGCUCAGGACACCGUGAAGGCAGAGAGGUUCCGCCGGGCAGAUGGAGCUUCACAUGAUUGACAUGGGGAUCUCGAAAUGACGUCAGCCGGAGGCGCUGCCUUCCCGGAGCGCGUCGGCAGAGAGGGAGAGCGUAGCGGUGGAGACCGAAGCAGAGCGGUGCGCACCUCAGCCAGACCUCACAAAGGGACUUCAUCGGGGGCUCACACAGGGGUUCUCGCCACUCAUGCGUAAUGCAUACCGGACACGUCUCCAGAGCUUUCUUCAAAAGCAGAAUGGAAGCACCAUAUAAUCUAACAGGAGUCAAGCUCAGCUUCUAGAAAUCGCCGUUUUAGUGUUUGACAUCGAGGGAGGACACGAACAGAGGAGCCGCAGGACACCUUUAUCUAAUUAGGACCUGAGACGCAUCGCAAAUUAGGAAGUCAUUUUUCAGCUUUGCAGAUAAAACAUAAGAGGGAAAAUACUGGGAAUAUAAAGAAUAAAUUAUUUUAAAGGACUAUAAACUAAACAAAAAGGGAAGUCGGGUGUUUGGAGAGCUUUUACACUAAGAACACUUAGUAUUUUCAUUUUAAGACAGGUCUGCUGGAGUGAAAUCUUUCUUUCUUUCUUUAUUGUCAAUUCAAGAGGUAAGUAAGAAUACGUGUUCUUGGACAGUGAUAUGAAAAAUGUGAAAUUACUGUAAGUAAAUUAAGCAGAAGUGUUUCCCUGAGUACUUCAAUUUAUUUUCCUUCAGUGAUUUCUCUCUUGAGUGAUGAAAUAAGGGCUGAUCUUCCAUUAGCCUGACCUUUUUUUUCCGCAACUAGAUAUUUUUUCUUAUAAUGAUUAAAGACUGAGGAUGCAAUAUGUUAGAAGCUGAGUUAAAAUUAAAAUCUACUUUAUUAAAUUAUAUGUUUUCCUAUUAAAAAUGCAGCCAGAGAUAUAGUCCCAUUCUAAAGUCUCAAAUCUGUGGAAACAUGGAGAACAUUGAGAACGUGUCGCUUCCCAGUGAUGAACUGCCAGUAUGUAACGACUCUGUGGAUCUCUACUCGCUCUCAUUAAGGAACAGCACAUACUUCAACUGUAUUAUUCCCUACUUCCACGCUGACCUGUACAUCUUUUUACCAGUCAUCUACUCUGUGAUCUGUGCCGUGGGACUGACAGGCAACAUGGCUGUGAUAUAUGUUAUUCUCAAAGCUCCUAAAAUGAAAACGGUCACUAACAUGUUCAUCCUGAACUUGGCAAUUGCAGAUGAUUUGUUCACCCUCGUGUUGCCAAUCAGCAUAGCUGAUCAUCUGCUAAACUACUGGCCUUUUGGUGAAGUUUUGUGCAAAGUUAUUGUGAGCAUAGACCACUACAACAUAUUCUCAAGUAUCUAUUUCCUGACAGUAAUGAGCAUUGAUCGCUAUCUGGUUGUUUGGGCAACAGUCAGGUCCAAGCGCAUGCCAUACCGCACCUACAGAGCAGCCAAAAUCAUCUCUUUUUGUGUCUGGCUCCUCGUCAUCCUCAUUGUCAUGCCUUUCACUGUUUUUGCCGGCGUCUUUGUGAAUCCAGAAAAUGGGAGGAAGAGCUGUGUUCUGAUCUUACCAGCACCUGAGACUUUAUGGUUCAAAAUGAGUCGGAUCUACACGCUCAUCCUGGGCUUUGCUAUUCCAGUCUCAACAAUCUGCAUCUUGUACACCAUGAUGCUCUACAAGUUGCGGAACAUGAGGCUGAACAGCAACGCCAAGGCUCUAGACAAGGCCAAGAAAAAAGUCACCAUCAUGGUCUUUAUUGUCUUGGCUGUGUGCUUGUUCUGCUGGACUCCGUUCCACCUGAGCACCAUUGUGGCUCUGACAACAGACCUGGGUAACACACCUCUGGUGAUUAGGAUCUCCUACAUCAUAACAAGCCUGAGCUACGCCAACUCCUGUCUCAACCCAUUCCUGUAUGCCUUCCUGGAUGACAGCUUUAGGAAAGCUUUUAAAAAGAUGAUGGAAUGCAGACCGGCCUAAAUGUGAAAAACAUGAAAUCUAUCACAGAACUCUACGUUGUUCGUCAUGACUAGGAAGUAAAGAAUGAGGGUGAAUGUUACAAAUUGACUUUUGUUUUACAGUUAAAGCUAAUCUCUUGAACAGUUUGCUUAAUAUGUUUUGUUAAAGCCACACAUGGUAGUUCUGCACAAUGUUUCCCUUGGUUAAAAAAAGAAAAAAAAAACAAGUAUGUCAUCUGCAUAUGGUCUUACUGGAAUAACUCUGUUAUAAUUUAAUUGGUUAACAGUAAAUCAAAAGAAGCAGAGAAAACAAACAGCUGUUAUUUUUCAUGAAAAGAUUUGUUAAGACAAAAGCUGUGUGGAUCUUCCACUUCUAUUCUUCUCAAGGUAGAGGUGGAAGCAUAUUAAGCAACAAGCUUAAAAGUCUUCUCUGUUAGGACAAGAAACGCCUUACCUUGUGUAGCUAUCAGUGCUGUGAAGGAUAAAAAAAUAUUGGAGGUUGUCACAAAACAGGCAAUAUUGUUUCCAAUAGAUAAUGGCAAAAGCUGACAUAAUGGGAAAUGGCAUUAUGAAAAAACAAAUAAAAGUUCAUGGUUUUUAUGAAGGUAAAUUAUAGUCCAGGAAGCAGAAAUAGGUUGUCUUUACUGGAAAUUGUCUCCUUUCAAUGGUCUAAAGAAGAGCUUGGAGGAGGUCAAACAUGUGUUCAACACAAGCCAUGUUGAAAGCAUGAUGGGAUUUUUAUUUUUACAACUUGUGUGUUUGAAUUACUUCUAUAUGCAAAAACAUAUUUUAGUUUUCCCAAGCAGAGCCAUGUUUGUGGAGCCACUGACAUGUUAAAUACUGAAGACCUUUAGGUUGUUUUUUAUGCUGUUUGUCUUUCAACAAACAGCAUAAAAGGAAGAAAAAUGAAAAAUUAACUUACAGCAUUUUUAAAAGAUCAAUAGAUUUUUCUUAUGUGUGUGUCUUUGUGUGUGUUCUUUAUCCCUCAUGUGAAAUGUUUUUGUAACACAAAUGCAACUUAUCAACCCUGGCAGCCGUACUGUAAGCCUAACAUACAACAGGCAUGGGGCAGGAGGGCUAUGUAAAAUUGUGUCUGUUUCGCCGCACAGUUUGUUGUUUUGUUGAGCUUUUGUUGCCCCCUGUUGUUGGCAGGGUGGUAUAAUUUGAAAAUGCAGCCAGGGCCAUUUACUGAGAAGCUUUCUACUACUCAGUAGGUGCCAUGGGUCUUUCUUUUAUGACUUCAUUGGUAAUAUUAAAAGUAAUAUUAGAAAUACCCCUAGUUAUUAUUCUUAAACAUCAUUUAUUUGGAGCUCAGAAUUUCUGUACAGUCUGUUGUACAUACGUUAAUGCCAAAAUCACAGUUUUAAAAGCUAAAUUAAAGUCAUUUGAGAGAGGAAGAGAGGGGACAUGAUUUAUUCCCCUUAAUUCAAAUAUUGUAUCUUUUGAAUCAUGGAGAGCCUGUAUAACCCCCUCUUUUCCUGUCCAAACAUCAGAAUUGUACAACAGUUUAAGCAGAUAUUCUAGAUUAUAUGGCUCUGACUGCAUCAACAACUAAUACAUACUGUAAAUAGAUGAGCCUUUUUGUAUUUAUCUGUACAGAAGAAUGUAAAGUCAUAGCAUUAGAUAAAUAUAAUAGUUUAAGAAAAUAUUGUGCAUAAUAACUGAAAGUAGUGUCAGAUGAACGAAAAAUUAUCUUGAGUUUGCAGUCAUGAAUCAUUAUUUUAAUGCAUUCUGUAAUAAUGAAUCAUGGAGCAUUAUGUGAACUGUUUAUGUUCAACUGUCAUUAGAUCCUAAUAACUUAAUAAAUAUAAUGUUAUUUUCCCAGUUACAAUCAUGUAUUUUUUGGAAUCAUCAGAACUGCGCAGAAAGAUUAGAAUUUUAUAGUUCCAGUGUACAAUAAAAUCACAUGCAUAACA